AUGUCUGCAGACCUUGUCUCUUCUCAAACCACAAAAUCCUCUGCUACAAGCACAGGACCUGCAACUUCUGCACAGUUAGUCUCUUCUACCACCGAAUCUCAUGCCAUGAGUACUGGAUCUGGAACUUCUGCAGGACUUGUCUUUUCUACCACCACAAAAUCCCCUGCCACGAGCUCUGGACCUGGAAAUUCCACAGAUAUUUUAUCUACGCCAUCCACAAAAUCUUUUGUCACAAGCACUGAACCUGCUACAACAAAAAAAUCAACUACAACCACAACACCAUCAACAACAACAGCAUCAACAACAACAACCACAACAACAACAGCAUCAACAUCUACAGCAGGAAUUUGUGCUCUUGCCUCUGUUUCUGUAGAACUACUCAGUGUCACCAGUGAUUUGAUUGCCUUCAAGCUUAUUAAACAAGGAGCUCCAACCAAUGUCGUCUACAGAGUGACAAUCUCCAGAGCUGCAAGGAUAUUUACUGCACAAAUCAGAGUGCUCAAUGAAGUAUACAAGGAAGACUACAGCAACAAAACCAGCGAAGCGUUCAAGAGCUUUAUGGCAAACUUUAUUGCUGAGUUAAUGAAAUACCUGAGCAACGAUUUCAGAGAAUUAAUUAGUAAGGAUCGAAUGAGAAUUGAGGUGACGAGCCUGAAAAGCGGCAGCGUCAUUGUGGAAUAUCAAAUCCUCACCAACAUCGCUGACAAUAUCACUUUGCCCUCAAUAGAGGCAAAUUUCACCAGUGCCCUUAAGCAAAGCGAUGCUCUGAAGAUAGAUAAUUCAUCUUAUGUGUUUAACGCUCUGAACGUCUGCGCAUCUGAUCAGAACGGUUGCUCUACGAAUGCGACCUGCACAUCUAAUGGUGGACAAUAUACAUGUCAAUGCUUUUCUGGUUUUGUUGACACUAGUCCAAGUGUCCCAGGGAUCACAUGUGAAGAAGAUAUCAACGAGUGUGCCUCGAGCGACCUCAACAACUGCUCGCCGCUGGCGACCUGCACCAACACUGACGGGAGUUAUCAAUGUCAGUGCAAACCAGGAACUGAAGAUAAAAACUCUACCCUCCCCGGACGAGACUGUGAGGAUAUUAACGAGUGUGCCUCGAGCAACCUCAACACUUGCUCACAGCUGGCGACCUGCACCAACACUGCCGGGAGUUAUCAAUUAUUCAUUGGUGCCUCACGGCUGGCGACCUGCACCGACACUGAUGGGAGUUAUCUUUGUUGGUGUUCCCUGGGAAUGCAGGAUCUUAACCCCUCCAGUGCCGGGCAGCAGUGUCUUGAUCCCGUCAUCUGCUACAGCUCUACCACAUUCUGCUCUGCUUCAUCUACCUGCAAGAUCGAUUCCCAAGACCAGAUAUGUGCCAGUAAGCAGGCAUUCCCGUCCACAGUCCUAAUGACUAAAGCUAAUUUUACCAGCGACCUCUAUGAUAAAUCCAGCCAAGCCUAUAAGGAACUUUCCGCAAACUUCACGGGAAACAUUGCCAAGAAGGUGAAGACUGAGCUGAAUCUUGACAGCUUUGAGAUCGCCGUGGUGGGCUUCAGAAACGGCAGCGUGAAUGCUCACAUAGUGGCCAUCACAAACUCUUCUUCACCAAUUAGCACGACGGAAUUGGAAAAAGCUCUGACAAAAUCGGCAGAAGAAUUCCUGAAAACACCAGUUUUGGUCAAUGUGACGUCAUCAAUACCCACGGUCCCGACCACAAGCCCGGCAAUAGUUGCCGACAAUGGCUGGAGGACGGCAACUAUAGUCAUCGCCGUCCUGCUGGGACUCCUCUUAUUAAUAGUGGUAGUCUUGGCCGCCAUCUGGAUAUACACCAGGCACCGGGUCGGAAAAUACUCGCCUUAUCAUGUGGAGAACUCUACAAGGUCUAGCUACAGACAAUUCUAG